AUGCAUCAAGCACUGCAGAUUGUCGACAUUCUCCACCUCGUUUUCCAACAACUGGCCUCGGACGAGGAUACACCAUGGAAUGUGCUGAAAGUGAAUCAACGCGCGUUGAGUCGUGCCUCUCGUGUUUGCAAGAUAUUUGAGAGCCCAGCCCUUGAUGCGCUCCGGGCCUAUAUGGAAGAUAUACGGAAUCUCCUCCGUCUCCUACCUCCUCUAAAGAAUUCAAGACAUCGUAUCCAGACUUACGCUCGACGGAUCCACCGUAUCCUUGGACCGUUCGAUUGGAUAUCUUCAGACACUUACUCACAGCUAUCACAGCGCAACGGAAAUAUGCCUCUCCUCCAGAACGUAGAGGCUAUAUUGGGAGAUUCCCUCGAAUACGAUAUCCUAUCCAUCAUCGGCAACCGUUUGCAUGAGCUGCAUUACUGUGUUUCUGUUAGAGAUGAAGAGCCGGAUCCUGCGGACUGGGUUACACUCAACGGGUGUUUUCGCGCUCUGGUCGAAACAUCCCCAGCUGUCGAAGUCAUCUACACGCAGAACAUCCCGUUAUCUUGUCUCCAAGUGCCGUUCGAACACUGGCAUGCGUUGCGGCGUGUGGACUUAUGCGAAGCCUGCGGACGUCUGGAUGGUGCGAUUCUAAGGGCCCUUUCCUGCCUCGAGAACUUGGAAGACCUGGCGCUGCAUGAUUGUAACAUUACGACAGCGGAGAACCAUCCUCCUUGUCGCUUCGCUGCACUCAAUAAGCUCGAUCUCUCUGACUCCCCCGCAAGGUUGAGGGGGCUUUUUGUGGCCAUAGAUACACCUGUUCUAAAGAAUAUUUCCUUAUGUUUUUCUGUCGAAGACGACGAUCCGAACCUGGUCCGGAAUUGUUGCCGCUGUCUGGACACAAUGGUGGCCAAAUGCUCAUCAUCCCUGUGGAAAUUGCGCAUUGUUGUGUGGCUCCCACAUAUACACGCGAUCGUUCCUUGUAUCGACCUCCUUCCGCCUCUGUUCGGUCUUCGCAACAUCCGCCGCCUCUCCGUCGCUCUGCAGGACCGUAUGAGUUCAAAUCACCUCGAACCGGAAGACGUGCAGCGUAUGGCCAGGGCAUGGCCCCACAUCCUGAGCCUAGAUUAUGAUUUGGAGGCGUCGAUGCUCCACAGUCUCCCCGUCGAUGCUCUCGUCCCCUUCGCUCGAUACUGCCCCGACCUGCGGAUCCUCAAGCUUCCCGUUGUCACGUCUAACGUGCCCAUGGAUCUGGAAGAUUAUUCAACCUUCAGCCACAAGCUGCGCGUCCUCCGCACGUUAUUCUCCAACCCACAGGGCCCUGCACGCCCUCUAGCACUCUUCUUAGAUCGCCUGUUCCCCUGCCUGAAGACCAGUCGUUGCCGUCUGAUGAUAAAUGACGAUGACGAUUGUGAUAACUCGUUGUGGCAUGAUCUUGUCGUACAGCUGAGGGCGAUUCAGGCAGCCAAACGCCGAGCAAGUCGUAAUGCCUCUGCGUCUGCGUAA